AUGUCGGGAGCUCCAACGAGAUCAAACCUGCUGCGCUUGUACAGGGACUACAUGCGGACUGCGCAGAGCUUCGUGAGUGUCAGACGCAGUGUGGCGAACGGCGAAUGGCGAAUGGCGAAUGGCGAAUAGCGAAUAGCGAAUAGCGAAUAGCGAAUAGCGAAUAGCGAAUAGCGAAUAGCGAAUAGCGAAUAGCCAAUAGCGAAUAGCGAAUGGCGAAUGGCGAAUAGCGAAUAGCGAAUAGCGUGGGCUCAGGCUGGCGAAGGCCUCAAUCUGAGCGUAUAGAUCAGUCUCUUGUCAAUUUGCUGACCCGCAGUGAUCCCUGCUGAAUUGACCGUGGUCUCUUUUGCGCUGCUGCUAGUCCUCAUACAACUUCAGGACAUACUUUCAACGUCGAUCGCGGGAUAUGUUCAGAUCUGCGUUGCUGCCUGAGCACGUCGCCACCUCUUCUCCUUACUCUCAGUCCGGCAAUGUGACGGAGCCAGUAUCGCCCUCCACCCUGACAUCCACUCCAUCCACCGGUCUCUCUUCGCCAGCAACGCAAGACGAGAGGUUGAAAGCGUGGUACGACUCUGCUAGAAAGGAUUUGGCGGUGCUUAGAAGAUCUGCUUUGACCAAUCAGAUGUAUGCGGGAGAGAAAUUGGUGGUGGAACAACCCAGAUUGGUCGUUGGAGGUGGAGGUGCAGGUGGAGAGGCCGCUACGGGGGGAAGCGGUCAACCGGUCAGUGGACCUCAGAGCGGUGGAGGUGCGCCGCCCAGCGGAUGA